UCCUCCGCCGCGCACAAGCGCUACCGCCGUCUGCAGAACUGGGUCUACAACGUGCUGGAGCGACCCCGCGGCUGGGCCUUCGUCUACCACGUCUUCAUAUUUUUGCUGGUCUUCAGCUGCCUGGUGCUGUCCGUGCUGUCCACUAUCCAGGAACACCAGGAACUUGCCAAUGAGUGUCUCCUCAUCUUGGAAUUCGUGAUGAUCGUGGUGUUCGGUCUGGAAUACAUCAUCCGGGUCUGGUCCGCGGGCUGCUGCUGCCGGUACCGAGGAUGGCAGGGCCGCUUCCGGUUCGCCAGAAAGCCCUUCUGUGUCAUCGACUUCAUCGUGUUCGUGGCCUCGGUGGCCGUCAUCGCUGCAGGAACGCAGGGCAACAUCUUCGCCACCUCUGCGUUGCGCAGCAUGCGCUUCCUACAGAUCCUGCGCAUGGUGCGCAUGGACCGCCGAGGCGGCACCUGGAAACUCCUGGGUUCGGUGGUCUAUGCGCACAGCAAGGAGCUGAUCACCGCCUGGUACAUUGGGUUCCUGGUGCUCAUCUUCGCCUCCUUCCUGGUCUAUCUGGCCGAGAAGGACGCCAAUUCAGACUUCUCCUCCUACGCUGACUCGCUCUGGUGGGGGACGAUUACACUGACAACCAUCGGUUACGGUGACAAGACGCCACACACAUGGCUGGGCAGGGUCCUGGCUGCCGGCUUCGCCUUACUGGGCAUCUCCUUUUUUGCCUUGCCUGCCGGCAUCCUUGGCUCUGGCUUUGCCCUGAAGGUCCAGGAGCAGCACCGGCAGAAGCACUUUGAGAAGCGGAGGAUGCCAGCGGCGAACCUCAUCCAGGCUGCGUGGCGUUUGUACUCCACGGACACGAGCCGGGCCUAUCUCACGGCCACCUGGUACUACUAUGACAGCAUCCUCCCAUCCUUCAGAGAGCUGGCCCUCUUGUUUGAGCACGUGCAGCGGGCCCGCAAUGGGGGUCUGCGGCCCCUGGAGGUGCGGCGGGCGCCGGUACCCGACGGAGCACCCUCCCGUUACCCGCCCGUUGCCACCUGCCACCGGCCGGGCAGCACCUCCUUCUGCCCUGGGGAAAGCUGGCGAGAGGAGGAGGCCACUGGCCACAGGUGCUUACGGCUCAGCCAGAUGUUUAGUAAUAAGCGGAGUUUCUUUCGGAUCCACGCCAGCUGGAGACCGAGCAGCCGGAUGGGCAUCAAAGACCGCAUCCGCAUGGGCAGCUCCCAGCGGCGGACAGGCCCCUCCAAGCAGCACCUGGCGCCUCCGCCCACGCCGACCUCCCCGAGCAGCGAGCAGGUAGGCGAGGCCUCCAGCCCCACCAAAGUGCAGAAGAGCUGGAGUUUCAACGACCGCACCCGCUUCCGGGCCUCUCUGAGGCUAAAGCCCCGCGCGUCUGCUGAGGAGGGUCCCUCAGAGGAAGUGGCAGAGGAGAAGAGCUACCAGUGUGAGCUGACGGUGGACGACGUCAUGCCUGCGGUGAAGAUGGUCAUCCGCUCUGUCAGGAUUCUGAAGUUCCUGGUGGCCAAAAGGAAGUUCAAGGAGACGCUGCGACCCUACGACGUGAAGGACGUCAUUGAGCAGUACUCAGCAGGGCACCUGGACAUGCUGGGCCGAAUCAAGAGCCUGCAAGCCCGAGUGGACCAGAUCGUGGGCCGCGGGCCCGGCGACCGGAAGACGCGGGAGAAGGGCGACAAGGGGCCCACGGACACGGAGGCGGUAGAUGAAAUCAGUAUGAUGGGGCGCGUGGUCAAGGUGGAGAAGCAGGUCCAGUCCAUUGAGCACAAGCUGGACCUGCUGCUGGGCUUCUACUCACGCUGCCUGCGCUCCGGCACCUCGGCCAGCCUGGGCACUGUGCAAGUGCCGCUCUUCGACCCCGACAUCACCUCCGACUACCACAGCCCAGUGGACCACGAGGACAUCUCCGUGUCGGCACAGACACUCAGCAUCUCCCGCUCGGUCAGCACCAACAUGGACUGAGGGGCUUCUCAGGAGCCACCAGACAGCACUGGGCCAGCCCCUCGGCCUGGCACCCGGACCCGCCCUCCGAGGUCUCCAGACUUACUUGAACUCGCUCCCUCGAGGGGAGAGAGGCCACACGCAGUAUUGAGCUGCCUGGGUGGGCGAGAAGGCAACGACCUGCCGACCUGGGCGUGAUGUCAGGCCGCAUGGAGGGCAGCAGCAGCAGCUGCCCGAAGCCUCUGGGGCCCCGUGCCCUGCCCGUUCCAUCGAGGCCCGAUAUGGCCGAGCAGCUGGCAGGAGCACAGCCCGUGGAGUGGGAGUGGGGAACCCGGGGCCCUGGGCCCUAACCCAGCUUCCAGCUAUGCAAGGUGAGGUCUCUGGCCCACCCUUCAGACAGCAGGGAAGCCCUCCUGCCAAGUCCCUGCCCCACUUGGGGGCGGGCCCAAGGUGCCCCUACUGGUACUCACAAAGCACAGAACCCUGCCACAAGGCAGGUGGGCACCAUAUAUGCAAACUAUAUUAAAUAUGCAACAUUGGGGACCCCCGUGGGGUCCCUCUGCCCCUCCCCCAUUGGGAGAUGGGCCUCCAGCUGUAGCUGGUCUCAGGCUGCUUGGCCACAACCCCCAUCCCUAUUAUUUGGCUUAUCACCCCCUCCCCACCCAGCAUGGGGCCUAUUUCUCCCUUGCCUCCCAAGGGCAGUGCCUGGGCCUUCCUUCCCAUUUGCCCAUAUCCCCUCUCAGGGGUCCCUCUUCCUACUGGCUGUCCACUCCCUUCUUUGGCUCUCCUGACUGCAUUAACAGCCCAGGUUUCUGUACUCAUAAACCGCUCACAGACAAUGCUCCCACAGUCACACAAACAUGCCCCUUUAGUUUCUGGAGACACGCCGAAGGUCUCACCCACAUUCACAGUGACAUGCACAGUCACACUGGGAGACAGGAGCAUAGAACCGAGCAGAUUAUUCGGGACCUCUGUACUGAGUGCCAGUGGACUGGCCUUCAGGGCACUGUCCACUACCAGGAGCCCUCCACUCCAUCCAGGUAGCUCUGAAGUGGCCACAGGUCUCUACACCAGAGCCACACUGGAGUUUUACCAGAAGAUUUGCUCUUUACUGGUCUGGGAGCCUGUGCAGGUGGCCUCCUUGGCAUUCGCACGCAGCCUGGGUCUCUGGGAUCUGGAGUGCACUUGAAAGACCCCAGGCUCUUCUCCAGGGUGAUUAUGAGACUGGCUUCUACACAGGCUUGCCCCUUCUUAGUCACUUUGACUCCCAGAGAGAAUAAUGCAUCUAGCAGCUACCAUCUGUAGGGCACCAACUAUGCACCUGGCACUCACAUCACUGUUGCCCCUCCUUCCUUCCAUACCCCACUUUUAACUUCAGUGGGUGGCCCCCACAGUGGUGUAAGCCCCAUCUACUCUGAGCCUUGAAUACAUCUUUGAUAAACCUACCCCUUUAUCCCUCUUCCACAAAGCCAAUGCAGAUGGCAGGAGGGUGAUGGAUAAUGAACAGCUGGGACCCUCUGCGGGGUGCCAGCAAAUGAGGGGCUCAGGCCCAGCUGCCUGCAACUCAUGACUGGGGUCCUGCAUGCACCAGCGCCAGGGCUGGGCCUGGAUGUUGCUCAGCCGAUGGUGCCCUGCAUCUGCCCUAAUUCGCCCUCUGCAUGUGACCAUCAAGCCCUGGAUGGAGCCUGGCCUGGCUCACUUCACCUGCACUGCACUGUCCCCAGAGAGCCACCCCCCAAGCCCCCAGAGACAGAGCUGUGGAGAGGGGCAGGAGCACGGGAUUACCUUAUGACCAAAGGAGACUUGGGAAGAACGCCCCCCUCCUUCAACAAUAGAGGUUCCCCACCGACCCAGUUCUCAGAUAUGCAAGUACCUCACUUUGUUAACUUAUUAACUUAUUGGUUUCAUUAAAGUUUUCAGUAGGAGGUGGCUGGUCUUGGCUGUCCUGUGGCUAUGGGGUGGGUACCUGGUGGAAAAGAGAGUUGAUUAUUCAGACUCUGAUUGUAAACAA